ACUUGCUCUCACAACAAAAGAUAAGCAGUCAUAAGAUGUAAGAUGGUCGAAUACGUGAACUGAGUGCCUUUGUGUUUUGAUAAUUAGCAGUUAAAGCAUACGGUUCAACAGAUUUUUACUUUAAAGUACCGCACUCGGCUCUCCGAAAGCUGAAGAUGAAGAUAGCCAUAGUUGGAGGUGGAGUGGUUGGCUUAACAACAGCUUUGCAGUUACAACGCGAGUUACGUAAUGCUGAAAUUGCAGUUUUUGCGUCCGAUUUCAAUUGUACGGUUAGCCAUGUGGCCGCAGGAAUAUUCAGAGUUGGAUCAUCCUACUCUGGACCUACCGAACGAAUCACGAAGGAAUGGAUUGUAAACUCGUACGAAUAUUAUGAUAACAUCCGGAAGUCGCAUGAGGCCUCGCUUGCUGGAGUAACUAGCAUUUCCGGUUAUAUGUUUGCCAAUUCUUCCCCGGAAACCGUCAAAAGCCAAUGGUUGGAAAGCUUGGUACCAACAUACAGAAAAGCCUCAGAAGAAGAAUUUCAAUUAGUCGGAGGUAGUUGGAAGUAUGGAUCGUUUUUCACGACCCUCCUUACUGACUGCAAACUAUAUCUACCAUGGGCUCGUACAAAAUUACAAGAAAGUGGAACUAAAUUGAUUACAAAGAAACUCGAUUCUCUGACAGAACUUAUUCCCGAUUGGGAUUUGAUUAUAAACUGUACAGGUUUUGGUGCAAGAUCACUGUGUAAUGAUAGACGACUUGUUUCUAUACGCGGCCAAGUCAUUAAAGUAAAGGCACCGUGGAUGAAAACAUUUUUUUACGGUGAACUGGACACCUACAUUAUACCAGGCUUUAACGGCGUGGUUACUCUUGGUGGUUCCAGAAGUUUUGAUUCUGAGAACACGAAACUAUGUUCUUACGAGUCAAUGGCCAUUCGUGAACGGUGCAAUAAAUUAAUUCCAGCCCUUAAAAAUGCUAAUGUCUUACGCGAGGAAGUUGGUUUGAGACCGCAUAGGGAGAACAACGUCAGAGUAGAAGCUGAGCACAUUACAAAUGGACUCUCCAAAGCGAACGUGGUACACAAUUAUGGACAUGGUGGAUAUGGAGUAUGCACUGCUCCUGGCACUGCUAAGUAUGCUGUACAACUGGCAAAGGAAAUGCACAAGUCUUCUGUGGCAAAAUUGUAACCAUAAACCAGGGUUUGACACGGUUUGCAACAUUCUUGCGAGACAUUUCAGUUUUGUAUUAUUAUAAAAUACUCCAGUGAUCCAAAUAAGUAUGUUUCGUUCAAUAUAGAACUGAUUGUUCAUAGAAUCGUAAUAAAGAUCAUACAUACUUGGGCAAGAAAUCAGUGAUUGUGAAUAUAUGUGGUUUAUUAUUAACGAAUUUACACAAGAAAAUCGUUAAUAUGGUCUAAUACUGCGUGGUAUCAUUGAUGUUAAUUCUCAGGUGUAAUACAUCUGUAUUUCUCUGAAAUAUGACUGAAGGUAAUUCCUUUCGUUAUUAGUCAAAUACAUGGUAUUUCACGGUGUCCUCUUGGUGUUCUCUCAUAACAUGCUGCUAAAAGAAAAAGCAGAACUAUAAGAGGACUCUUGAAAUGUUAUUCGCCGUUUCUACACUUCCAACGUGGUCACAAGGUGUUAUCUUUCCAAGUAGACACCAAGGUUCGCACGUAUAAUUCGCGUUUAGCGAAAACUGUAAUCCAUCUAGAAGAUGUUUAACAAACUCCGAAACAUCUUUCCAAACUAUCGUGUGCAGCUGUGAGUCGGGUGUUUGUUAAACGUGUUUAAAUCGUGAAUCUCAUAGCGGUAAAGACCACCGAAUUUCCAUCUACUUUCCGCUAUUUCUUGCCAGGUUUUACGUUCUUUCUAGGUGGCGCGCCCCAUCUGAGAGCGCUGCUGUCCACCGUCAACCGUGGUCUCUUAUACUGACUACUUUUAAUGUGUUCCUCGACUAACUUUGGCGUUACGCAAAUCACGUGUUGCCCUUUCCAGUAUUUCACCAUAUUCAUGCUCUGCAGUGUUGAUAUGAUAUCUGUCUGUGAAAUGCUCGUCAUCUGGCUAUAAAAUAUAUCGAUAAAAAUUGCUUAGUUUUAACGUCUCCUAUUGUAUUCUGAUAUUUUAUAACAUUUUAAUCAAUUGUAAAGUAUUACCUUAAAUCUUUGAUACUGAGAGUACCACGAAAAUCUCUAAGGAUUUCCAAGAGAAUCCAGCUCCAAUAACUUCUAUAUGAUAACUUUCCCAAGUCGCUCAAUGGUUUUUCAGGGCUGCCAACUGUCUGUUCUAAUCUACUCAACUCAUAGCUGAAAGCUAUUAGGAGUUUUCCGUAUCCUUGCCUUUGAAACGGUGGCAAAGUAAGAAUGCAAGCGACAUUGUUCCCAUCAGGUGAUUCUUUUUCCUAAAAAUUAACUAAAGAUAGUAAAGUGUGAAGUGAAAAUGAAAUACAAUUGUAAUAGUAAAUAGACAAGUGUACCUUUGAAAAGUAACCAACUAAAUGUGCCCCAUGUUUAUCAACUUCGCAAAGAAUGUAAAAAAGGAACGGUUCUACAUCAAAAUAAAGAGUCUUAUG